AUGUCUACCUCUAGAACCUCAGAUGUUUCCCUCAAAGGAUACGAGUCUAGCCAAACCCAAAUGAAUUUGUCUCUUCUUCAACGUAACACAUCAACUUCUGGUGAGAGAAGAGGCCGAGGAAAGCAAGCAGAACCUGGAAGGUUUCUUGGGGUGAGAAGACGCCCUUGGGGUAGAUAUGCUGCUGAAAUCAGAAAUCCUUUAACUAAAGAAAGACAUUGGCUUGGAACAUUUGACACUGCUGAAGAAGCAGCUCUUGCUUAUGACAGAGCUGCCCUGUCCAUGAAAGGAUGCCAAGCAAGAACCAACUUCGUAUACUCUAAAGAUACCAACAUUUUCCAAAAUGCUCUCACUCCUUUGAAUGCUCAACCUCUCUUGCCACCUUCACAUAACACUCACAACAUACAACCAACCAAUCAAGGUGGCCUAUCUCACCUUGGUACUUUCACUUCCCACAUUGAAAAUCCUUCUGACUUGUAUCAUGACACUUCAUAUGGGUCACCUCAGGAUGAUAUUUUCUUCUUCUCCAGUGAGUCUAACUCAGGCUAUCUUGAAUGCAUAGUUCCCGGUAACUGUUUCAAGAAGAGCAAUGACAGUGCUUCCGGUCGCGACCUAAAGGUUGGCCACGUUAACUCAAACUCCAUGCAGGUUCAGCCACAUUUUGACACCACUCAAGAAGCCUUGAAUAUGCAAACAACUGUGGCACCACUCUAUGCAGAUUUUUCUUGCCCAAGUGAACUUGGUAAAGGAUCAUGGGAUAACCACCAAUCAUGGGAUUACAGCUCCAAUGAACUGGCUGCAAUGUUUAAAAAUCCAUCAACGGUUGUUGAGGAAGGGUGCAUGGAUGCAUUGCAUCCCUUCACUGAUAGUUCAAGCUAUGGGCUAAUGACUCCGGUUGUUUCUUCAACUACCUAUUCUCCAUCAUGUCCCCCCUUUGGGAAUGUUGGCUCCGGAUACUCACCCUUCUGA